AUGGUCCUGGCGUCAUCAUGGACAAAGAGACCAACUGAAAAAGAGUACUGCAGGACCCUGAGGUACACGGAGGAGGCAGCAGAGCGCAGCACACCUGUAAUCCCCAGGUCGCCUGCAUCCCGCCACAUCCGAGUGGACGCUCUCAGAGGAGCGCUCCCGUCGCAGGGUCGUUCCAGCCGAUGCGCCACGCCGUCUGUUACAGAGGACGGGCUGGGGUUCCCGCUGAUCCUGAAAUCAGCGGCCUUUCCCUCCCUAGCGCGCUCUCCGCUGAUCUUACGUCUCUUCCCAGCAGGCUCCGGGAGUCACCGCGACACUUCAACAAUUCUCGCGAGAUUUAUCGGCAGCCAUCUUCUUGGGGGUGCUGGGAGCCGGGAAGACCCCCCGAACCGUGUUCAUUCAGCUGCCCUUCGUCUUCGCUUUCUUCACUUUUGCCUCUUCUGCGUUGCCAACCAGCACCUGGUCUCAAAGCUGAGAGAAAGCCCGGGUCUAGGAGCGUGUCGCUCUCUGGUCCAGGAAGAUUCGCUGGCGUGGAGAGAAGGGGGAGGGCCCGGGCAAAGCGUUGCUGCCUCAGCCGGGGUCGGGUUCCGGGGAGGGGGAGCUCCUGGCACCCCGUGGACUCGCGGCCUGCGGCCGUCCCCCCGAAACUGUUGGCCCAUCGGGGCUCGCGGGAGCCUGCCACCGGCGCCUCCCACCGCGGCCCACGCGGGCGGCGCGCGGAGGAGGGGGCGGGGGCAGCGGCGGCUGUAGCGGCCGCGACCUGGGCGGGCGGACUAGUGUGACGGG